AUGGGCUGGAAUGCUCAUCAACUGGAUUCAGCAGCCAUCGAAGUCCAGAGUGACACACGUCUGUACCACCCGAUAGCCCCUCGAGUACAGACCGUGCUUAUUACACCCAACGCUGUCUGCGACGAACCGUCUGACGACUUCAAAGACCUGGAUUGCAACAUGCCUUCGCUGCCUGUCAUCGAGCCUACAAACAAAGUCUCGCAAGCGAAGCCUAAAGAGCCAGGAGACGCCCAUCCCACAGCACUCCAGAUCAGCAAGGACGAGGGCCGCGAUGGUAGUCCCCUCUCUCAGCAACAAGUGAUCAUCAUCCCAGGCUGCUCACCCACACUAUGCAUGGAGACAGCCAGCCCCGGAGACCACCUGCGCGAUACGCUUCCUGAGAGCGCGCAAUCUGGACAAGGCAAAGCGACACUGGGCGGCAUCUCAAACGGCGACAAUGUCCACCUCCGAAGCUCGACCUCGAUCGCCCCGGAAGCGUCCGCUCCUGCGCUGAGCAGCUCAGGUUCAAGAGACAUGAGCUAG